CGCCAUUUUACACGGUGACUUUUCAUAAUGUAGCCUAGGUGCCAGUUCCACAUGUCAACACGCAGCUGUGAUUAGUGUGAAGUAGUGUGACGUGGAUGGGUUUUCCUAAUUUUUGGUCAGAGACGGCAGAUACCUUCUCCACCAAAUUGUUAGGUAAACAGUUAUUAUCAAGGAAUGAACUAGCUAAGAGAUCGGCAAUCUGCACUUUGUCCUCUUGGCAGCUAGAAUCAGGCCGAGACACCCACCUGAAUGGCACAGGCCACCGUCUCUCCACGAGGUGUGAUUGUCCUGUUGCUGAUUGUCCUAGUGCUAGUCAUCUUGUACAGGCUGUAUUCAGUGCCGGGCGACUCUACCGAGGACAUCUUGCAGAAGGAGAAAUUCAUCCAUAAGCUUCAGAAAGGUUUGAUUGUAGAGUCGUUGGGUCUUCUCGGCAUGUCUGACUGGGAGGAGAUCAAGAAAGAAGCCAAGGCCAGCAAGGUGUUAAAGGUCACUGACGGCAAGAUCGAUGUCGGGGGAAAGGGCGCAGUCUUCAGACGAGAGGUUGUCGACACGACGCUGGACAUGCCCAAGGGUGUGUUCCUCCUGCUGCAUGGCAUGAGAUUCAAGUCAGAAACCUGGCUGGAUCUUGGAACUCUACACGUCAUGGCUACUUACGGAUAUAGGAUGGUGGCUGUGGAUCUGCCAGGGUAUGGAAACACAGAAAAAAUUGAAGGCCUGGACCACAUUGCCCUCAUGAUGGAGGUUUUGAAGGGCAUCAACAUCAAAGAGCCCGCAGGGGUCAUUAUCGUCAGCCCCUCCAUGAGUGGCUCCUACGCUCUACCAUUGCUGAUGGCACACCCCGAGAAGUUUUCCGGCUACGUGCCAGUGGCCCCCGUGGACACCGAAAAGUACAAGAAGGAGCAAUAUGAGAAAGUGCAGGUGCCAACGUCCAUCAUCUAUGGCUCCAAGGAUACUAUGCUUGGAGAUGUAUCCCUUAAGAAUCUCCGCAACCUGCCGAGGUCUGAAGUCCACGAAAUCAAGGAGGCUGGUCACCCUUGCUACUUGGACCAACCGCUAGAGUUUCACAAGUACCUGCAUGAAUUUGCCAAGAAGGUCUUUGGCAAGUAAUAAAAAGGAAAGUUUUUAUCUUUCAAGGGGAAAGAGAUGCCAUUGAUUUUAAAGGAGAAAUAUAGAGGUCUGGAGAAAUUGUCGGAGGCGGUAACAUCAGAAGAUUCGCCUUCUUGCUGUAUUGUGUUCUCAAUCAAAAGGAAAGCACCUUUGGAAUCAUUAUUAUUUACAAUGCAUAUGUCAUUCUUACCAGUGGCAGAAUUUUCCAAUAAAUUCUACUCACCCCAAAAGAGACUUAAAUUGAGACAAUUUAUAUGUAAUCUCAUUUCAGUUCUUGCUUUUGUAAAGUUUAGGUUUGGCAUUAAUCCAUCUCACUGGCGUUAUUGGAAUGCAGUAGUACCUGGUUUGGAAGUGUGACGUCACUGCAGUUUAAACCACGCCCAGUGCACAUGCACUGCACAUAGACGGGUGAGAUUUGUCAGCUUUUUAGCUGAUUUCAGCUUUUUUUGUUUUGGAUUUUCGCUUUCUUUUCCUCACUGGCGAUGUACAGAAGUAUAGGAGAUUUUCACAGUUCAGCUUCUUUAUGCUUUUUUUCAGCUGUUUUCAGCUAUUUUUAUCAUUGAUCAAUCUCACCCCUGCAUAGAGUGACAUGCAUUGAUCACUGUUUACAUAGAACUAUGGAACCAGACGUUAACGCGCAACUUCAACGAUCAUCCAAUGGGAGCGUGCAAAUCAUGGCACGCCCGCCUUUGUGAUGAAGUCACUUACGAACCGGACAGAGAAUUUGGUCUUUUGUAUAGCAUAUUUACCACUGUUCUUUUUAUUCUGAGGGUCAGCCUUGGAAUUCUGCUAAUCAAAACUGUGAAUGUACAUGUACUUAGGUGUAAAUUUUUCCCACAAGUUUGAUGGCCCUGAAUAUACCAAAGUCUGAAUCUCUAGAAGUUGAAAUUUUGCAAGGUCACCCAAGAAGAGUUUCUCUUGGAUUUGGCAUCGAUUUAUAGCAAAUAUUCACAGGAUUAGAAGAUCUUACUACAAGCUAAUUUGGCAACUAGAAUUGGGAGCCAAAAUGGUGACAGCAUGCUCACAUGCAUGUGGGCACACACGUCUUAACUCUCUUGUUGACCAAAAGGUCUCUGUUCUUCGUGGCUUGCCAAAAUGGCACGUGCUGUACCCUUAAUUGUCCAGUGGUUGGCAGAUAGAGGACUUCUUGAGUUUGAGAACAUGGUCUUUAGUGUGAUGCCACUGCAAUAAUGGCAUCUUCAGCAUUGAGUCUGUCUUGGUAGAAAAGUGAGUUGUCAUGUUGGGAGUUCAUAGUCGCACGAGAGCAGAUCCAGGGGUCAGUUUGGGACAUGUCUCAAAAAAUUGUAAGAAUAAUAAUGAUAAUCAGAGAAAGGUAAGUUUUGUUGGCCUUUUCAUUUCCCUUCAAUAAGUGUUUAAAAACCCAAAGAAUGUAGCCUCAUUCCUCAGAAAGGCCGUAAAAGGUUACACAACAAAUUGUCCAAUUGUUUGAAAAUUUGCUUCUAGAUCUGUCCUUGGUGUUGCACUGUGUGAUAAGUAUCUUUAAAGGAUUUGUUGAGGUUCUGUAAAGAAGCUGAGCCCUGGAUGUGUUGUGCUUUUUCCAAUCCUGAGACAAUGGAUAGAUUGAAAGUCCCGUGGUUGUGUUCCGUAACCGGAACUAGCUAAGCAUGGAGAUACAGGUUGCUGCUCUGAAGUCCAAGUUUAAAUUUGAUCAGGCUGCUCUGUGAUCAUUGAGCUGCGGCUGUGACAUUUCGUUAGCGUCAUUUUGUUUUUCAGACAUGCUGCAUGUGAGAUUAGGUUCUCAAGACAACCACUGCCACGGUUCUUUGUUACAAAUGGACGUAAGCUUUGGUUAAUUAAUUCUUGUCCCUUUUUAAGACAUUCUGAAUACUUGUCCAGUGGUGGAGGAUAACUUGGCUUCGUGUACAUUUGUAUUUUGCGGAUGGCUUGCUGUAAAUAAUUGCUUUGUCUUUCAUAAGGAUGGGAGGAAUUUAAACUAACUGGCUCUCAUCACUUGUCUCCUUUGGCCAGUGUGCUAUUGUGGAAUGGUAGCGUGUAAACAAGCCUAGGGCAAUUUUUAGGCUAUUCUUGCUUGGUAAAAUUCACCCACCUCCACCGUUGAUGGCCGAAGGCAUAGACAAAUUCGUUAGGCUGUAACAUUCAAAGGACCUCAGGCUGUACGUUUCACAAUCCUGAAAAAUCCACUCAAACCCUGUUAGAUUUCAAAGGCUUUUGUCGGCCUGUUCGGGGUAAGUGUGUGUUUCUCCCUGCAUGAAGAGUUGGGCAGUUCAUUGCCAUUUUUGUUGCUAACAAGUUUUAUUUGGCAUUUUUGCUUCAUUUAACAAAACCUUAUCAUGAAGACGUUUAAGAAGAUUCUGUUGAAAUAUGUCUUGCUUUGAUGUAAAGUUUGAAUUUAAAAAUUCCAGAUAAAGGGUGUAAAUUUGGGUCUAUUUUAGAAUAGUGUACACGUCUCCUUAAAGGUGAGAAUAUUUAAUAUUUUGUAUCUGCAUGCAGCUGACGAAAGUGUCAAUAAAAGGUGAAAUUUGUUUUCCAUUUCGAUGAAGCACA